GUUUUAUUAUGUAACCAUAUUUCUUGCAAGGUGACCAAUAGUUUGCAUUUCAACUAGACUCUGAUAUUCAAAGUAAAGAAUUUAGAAAUUUCUACAAGAAUACAUGCCAUAUCAGAAUUAUAAUGAAUUUACUUAUAUGUCCUAGUUCUCUUAUCCUCCUCACUUCUCUGGAUACUCUGUAGAUUGUUUUCCAGACAAUGAAGUUUAAUAAAAAUUCAAAAAAAACAAGAAGAUUAAGUAAACAUUCAAAUACUAUUUCAAGAAAUAGUGAUUCACAAGGAUUACUUCCAAAAACUUUAGAGUUUACAAAGUAAAUCAUAGAAGAGCCUUCUCAUUCUCAAAUAUAAAAAGAUCAAAUGUAUAUCUCUCUAUUAUUCAUAGCCAAAAAUAAAUCACUCCUUAUUCCAUUUUUCAUUGCAUUUAAGGAGCUCCUAUUCCAAAAUUAUAAUCAGAUAUCAUUUCAAAUUAAGAAGCUUAAGGAUCAUAAGAAGGAUCAUAACAAACAUAAAAAUAAAAAGUCUAACAUCAAUAAACUAAGAAACCAAAAAAGGAACACAUUAACACUGGACAUUGGUCAACUGAAGAACAUACUACUUAUAUAGGAUUUCUUUAACAAUAUGAAAGUAUAAUGACUUCUUCUAUGAUGAAAAAAACCUCUAAAAUUUUCAAAUAAAUGAGUGAACUCAUUGGAACAAGAACUCCUAGUCAAUGUAGAAGCCAUCAUUAAAAAUUUAAUCCUUAUGCUUUAAGAGGAGAAAAUGGAAAAAGAUUACCUCGUACUGAAAGAAGCAGAGCUGGUAGAAAAAAGAAGAAUCCAUCUUCUGAUAUUCCUAAAGCAGGUUAGAUAUUUCUAUUAUUAUCAUAGAAUAACUCAAUAUUCAAUAACAUCAUAUUGAUUAAGAAUAAUUAAUGAUCAUGUAUGAUAAGCAUUUAAUUCAUCAUCUACCUUAUGAAUAAUGGAAUCCAUAUUAUGAUUUACAUCCAAAUAUUAAAAAAGAAGAAGAUCAAGAUCAUGAAUUAUAACAUAGUUAAUAAAUUCAAUCAUAACUUAAUAAUUAACAAGAAUAUGAAGAUUUCGUUAGAAUCAAUUAUCAAAAACACUAAAUUAAUCUAGAUUUUAUUGAACCCCAGAAUUUUAUUCCUAAUGAAUAUUGA